CCAUAAAUGUGUCAUGUAAGAAAAUAAUAAGGUUCAUGAUUACAAAAAAAUAAGUCAUCAAUCCCAUCAGCAUGAGCUCAUGAAAACUUUAGUAAAACAAUAUACUCUAUCUUUUGUUUUUUUAGGAAAUAUACUCUGUAUCUUAAGGGCUUGUUCUGUUCAGCUUAAUUUCAGUCCAGUUCAAUUCCAAUCAGUUCUGUUUAGUUCCUAAUUUCCCUCUCUCAUAAACAAUUCAUUUCAAUUCAGCCCCAAUCAGUUCACCUUAGUUUUUUUCUUCAGUAAAUCGAAACGGGCCCUAAGUCUACUUUUGAAAGUUUGUAACUUAAACCUUGGUCUUGAUCCAACAUAGAUGCAUAUAAAUAUCAGAUUUUAUCAAUUUAGCAUAAUCAUACAACACGGAGUACAUGUUUUUUUUAAUUCAUUGAAUGAAGUAAUUUUAGGUUUUUACUUGAAAUAAUUUCAAUUGCAAUGAAUGAAUAAGCACUAUUUAUUUAUUUAUUUAUUUUUGAAAGGAAAUAAACACCAAACUUAUUUCAUUGGAAAUUUGGAAUAUUGGAAUUGGAAUGAAUAAAACUGAGCACCAAACUUGACUAAAAAAACAAAAAAAAAUUGCAAUAAUUUGGGAACAAAUACGUGAAUCUCCCACUUUCCAAUUUCUAGUUACAGUAUGCACCAGCAAAAAAGAAGUCGUUAAUGUCACUCAAUUGGUAUUCAACAACUGAAAUUGAGACAACAAAUCGUGAAAAUGGCACCCAAUUCGCCGCCGUCUCUCGGUCAUCUCCUCCGAAAAAGCUUGUUAUUCCAGCAAACAGUAAUCUUGACAAUCACCUUCUUCGCCUACGCCUCUCUCCACGCUUCUCGCAAACCCCCAAGCAUUGUGAAAUCAGUCCUUGGACCUGAAAUCUCCAGAAAUGGCAGCACCCCACUUGAUGAUUUGGCUAAUUCUGAAAAGGGUUGGCCUCCUUUUAAUGGAACUCAAGGAACUCAUCGAUUAGGUGAGCUUGAUCUAGCUUUCUUAUCUUCUUAUGCAAUUGGGAUGUUCUUUUCUGGCCAUUUUGCUGAUACUCUUGAUCUUAGAUUGUUUCUUUCAUCUGGGAUGUUGCUCAGUGCUCUUUUUACUGUGGCUUUUGGAUUUGGAUAUUGGCUUCAAAUUCAUAGUUUCUUGUAUUUUGUUAUUGUUCAGAUUUUGUGUGGUUUUUCUCAGUCUACUGGUUGGCCUUCUGUAGUUUCUGUUGUCAGUAAUUGGUUUGGAAAAUCUAAGAGAGGUUUGAUCAUGGGGGUUUGGAACUCCCACACUUCUAUUGGGAAUAUUAUGGGUUCGAUUGUUGCCUCAUCCAUGUUGAAAUUUGGGUGGGGUUGGUCUUUCUUUUGGGCUGGAUUCUUUGUGUUUUUGAUUGGAAUUCUUGUGUAUUUGUUUCUUGCUGUGAGCCCUGAGAUUAUUGGUUUGUCACUUCCAAGCGAAAUCGAGUUGAACCCAAUUGAGGCUUCUGAUCAUGGGGAAGCUGAACAUUUGGGUCUCCUCCAAUCCAAGGAUUCAAAUCCCCUGGAAGAAGCUAAGCCUCUUGAAGGGGAGGAAAUCAAUUCUUCGGAUGCAAUCGGGUUUAUAGAAGCUUGGAAACUGCCCGGAGUUGCAUCUUUUGCAGUCUGCCUGUUCUUUUCCAAGCUUGUGGCCUACACGUUUCUGUAUUGGCUACCAUUCUAUAUAAGGCACACAGCUGUUGCUGGUGUGCACUUGUCUCAUGAAACUGCUGGAUUGCUAUCAACCAUAUUUGACUUUGGUGGUGUUCUUGGAGGUGUUUUGGCUGGUUUGCUUUCUGACAAACUAGAAGCUCGGGCAAUUACCUCUGUUUCAUUUCUCCUGUUAUCGGUUCCAGCUCUUGUUCUCUACCGUGUUUAUGGGAGUAGCUCAAUGUUUGCCAAUAACAUUUUGAUGUUUCUUACGGGUUCACUUGUGAACGGACCUUAUGCUCUCAUAACAACAGCUGUGGCUGCUGAUCUUGGGACACAGACUGCAAUAAGAGGGAAUUCACGCGCAUUGGCUACAGUCACGGCAAUAAUAGAUGGAACUGGUUCUGUUGGGGCAGCUAUUGGUCCAGUUCUAGUUGGUUAUAUUUCCACCAGUGGUUGGAAUACUGUUUUUGCAAUGCUUAUUACUUCAAUCUUCAUAGCAGCACUGUCCUUGGUACCUGCUGUGAAGUCUGAGCUAACAGAGAGGAAAUCUAGAUUACAAAUGAACGAAACAGCUCAUUAAUCAAUCGUAUCGAUUUCCUGUUGUAUAUCUUGAGUAAGGUGCUCUUACCACACAUCAAAUCGACAAGCAUGGAGAUUUUUUGACAAUCCAUGAUUGCAUCACAUUGGCUGCAAAGUCAGGUGUUAUUCCAUGUAUCCCAGAUUUUAUACUGCAAAGAGGUGUGUACAUUUUGGUUUUUUUUUUUUUUCAUACAGAUCGUUUCCCUCAUGAAUAUUUCCCGAGGAUAGCUUCAGCCAUUUGGAACAUUUCUUCAUACACUGGGAUGUCUGAAAUUGCAGUCUGUAUCACAUAUUUUUUUGGAGAAUUUAUAUUAAUAGAAUUGAAGCACAAUACACGCAUUCUUUUUAGCUA